GUAUCUAUAUGGUAUGAAACCCCCCUUCUUAGCAUCUUGAAAAUAUUUUAGCAAAACUCACUCCGUCAGUCGAGCGGACGUGCGCGAAAGAUCAACAACACCUUCGUCUGCUCCGCUUAGCAACAUUAUAUUCUCCUAUAAAAGCAGAAUGCAGGAGAUUCGAGCGUCAGCCCUCGCUUUCCUGAUUCUCUUUGCUCGAUUAGCAGCGGGAAGCGGAAUGAUGAAUGUUGUAUUCGAGCCGAGCAGCGUGCGGCAGCUUGAGAUGAUGAGCAGUAGAAGCGUUAUCGUCUGGACCAACAACCAUUCUUUUGCGAACCAAUCAUUGUGUGCUUUUUCAUCAGUAACUGAGGUUGCCGACGUCUAUGAGCAACCGUUGGAAUUUGAGUUGGCCGAGGAUGGGAGCCACUCGAAAUACAAAUCCAACUUUACAAUUGUUGGAAGGUUUCUGGGCUACUCCAAAGUGUACCUUCGCACCUGCGCUCAGGACACGCGAGAUUGGGAAGACAGUGAAAAAAUGACUGUCUCGGUUAUAUCCAUGGAUAACGUAAUUGACAGUAACAUCUUCAUUGGCACUUUCGCAGUCCUGAUUAUCUUCGCCAACUUCAACUUUGGAUGCGCCCUCGACUUAACUGUUGUUGAAAAAGCUCUCAAGAAACCCAUCGGCAUCACCAUUGGAUUGUUUUCUCAAUUUGUGUUCAUGCCUCUGAUGAGUUUCUUCACCGCACGACUGUUAUUUCCUGGUCAGCCAGCCCUCCAGUUUGGCCUUUUCUUCGCUGGUUGCUCACCUGGGGGAGUGGGCAGCAACCUUUGGACUCUGAUACUCGAUGGCAACCUUGACCUGUCCGUCACGAUGACGGCGGUCAGCACGUUUGCCAGUUUCCUCACCAUUCCGUUUUGGGUGUUCACUCUGGGCCACGUCAUUUUCGCCGACGCCGAGAUCGGAAUUCCCUAUAAAAACUUGGUGUUAACAACUGCGACACUUUUAUUCCCCCUUCUCGGCGGUGUUUGCAUCAAGUGCAAAUAUCCCAAGGUGGCCAAGUUUCUCGCGAAGACUCUUAAACCACUCGCUGGUGUCACGAUCAUAUACACCACCGCUGCCACCUUUUUGAAGGCGUUCCUUUUCAAAUUGGUCAACUUGAGGCUUCUGAUGGCGUGCAUCAGCAAUCCUAUCCUUGGCUACCUGUUCGGUGCAAUUUUGUCCAUGCUAUUCAGGCAGAGUGAAAAGGACGUAAUAGCCAUCUCAAUCGAAACUGGUCUACAAAAUUUGGGAAUCGCAAUUUUGCUAUUGAAGACUACACUUGAACGUCCAGAAAGGGACAUUUCAGAAGUUGUGCCGUUGAUAAUUGUCAUCGCGACCCAGGUGCCCCUUGGAAUCCUGUUUGUUAUUUCGAAAAUCCGCAAUCGCAACCGAGCAAACAGAAUCGUGGAAACAGAUGCUUCUGAAGAUAGUUUUCCACUCAAGAAGAUGCCAAUCAUUGUCGAGAUGCAAGCAUAAUAAAAUCAACUCUACAAAAUUGAACUCAAAAUGAAUG